AACAUUGACGAGACUGGUUUUGUUAUUGCUUUCAAAAUUCAAAAGGAAGAAAUGUUAAUACCAACAGUUGUAUCCUCCCUUCAACCAACCCGUAAAUACCCUACUCGAGCUGACACUGUUCAGGAAUUAGAAUUAUUAAAAGAAGGAAUUAAGUCUCUUGAGAAUGAGAUAGAAUUCUUGAAAAAAGAAAAUAAAUCAGUAAAAAAAGAUCUUACCUCAGCAAAAGAAGAACUAGAAAUGUACAAAAGGCCUAAAUUAAAAAAAGUAGAAGAAUUAGCUAAAAGUAAAGCUGAAAUCGCAAAGAAAAAAAAGGAAGCUGCUGCAGAAAAGCAGGCAAAACGUGAGUUAGAAAAGGCACAAAAAAAAGCUGCACUCGCACAUAAAAAAAAAACUAUAAAUGAUAAAGAAAAUUAA